AUGGCCUAUCCCCCGGUAGCUCCGGCCAACUUUACCACCGUGGAAUGCCAUAAACAAGUCCGUUCAUGGCGGCUUCUUCGGUCGGUCAUGGAACUCCUCAUCCAAGUUUGCACUUGCACCCUUGUCCAACAAGAAUACAACGACAACGACAACAACAACAACCAUCUAAUACACCCUUACCACCACCCCAAAUCAUCAUCUCUAGUCUUCCCAACCACCGCCACCAAUAUCACCGGCACCAUCUUCGGUUCACGGACCGGAAAAGUUAACUUUUGUAUCCAAACAAACCCUAAAUCUCAAACCCCUAUUCUCCUCCUUGAACUCACCAUAUCCACCACAUUUUUAGCCCGUGAAAUGAAAAAUGGCAACCUAAGAAUAGCCCUUGAGUGCUCACAUGAACUUGAUCAAUCUUCUCGUGAUCAUAAAUCUUUAUUAUCCAUGCCAUUAUGGACCAUGCAUUGUAACGGAAGAAAAGUAGGGUUUGCAUACAAGAGACAGCCAUCAGCAACCGAUAUCAAGGUUCUAAAACACAUGGAAACCGUGCAUGUUGGCGCAGGGAUUGUUAAGGCGAAAGACGUUAAACGAGGAGAUGAUCUAAUGUACCUAAGGGGAAACUUCAAUAGGGUUAGUGGUAAAUCUAUGAAUCUAUCGGAAACCUUCCAUUUGAUUGACCCAGAUGGUAAUCUUGGUCAGGAACUUAGUAUAUUCUUUUUCCGACGAAACUAG